AUGGUCCUCCCAGAAUUGCCCGUGCUCACUGAUCAGCCGGAGCAUCAUCAAAACUAUUGUGCUUCCUUGUCAAACAGACUAUUGGAUACCUUGUCAGCUAUUCUGCCUCAUUCUCCAGAAGGUGUUUUUUCUAUUGGUAGCGGGACCGGGCUAUUAGAGGCCUUACUAACGCAGCAUGACAACACAAUUGACGUGCUGGGAGUUGAGGUUACCGAAGAUGUCAAUGUCUAUCUUCCAAAAGAAAAGCUUCGUACCGUUGCCGGCACCUGGGAUACCAUUCUGGAUGCUAUUUUAGCAGACGCCUGGUUGUUUGUCUAUCCGCGAGAGCCUACCUUGAUGGAGAAAUAUCUGGACCAGUGCGGUGGAGGGACCGUGCAGGUUAUUGUCUGGCUAGGACCAGGAAAUGACUGGGAUGACUACCGCCCGCUAUUGCAAAGAUUCGCCAGCAAGGGCAAGCUGGAGAUUAUCGACGAUUGCGGCCUUGCUCCGUACGAGCUGUUGGCCGUUGCAAAACGAAGCAUUGGACAAAGCUAAUGUCCAGAAGCCAACUAGACUGUCACAACGUGCUGAUAUGUCUCGUCGAAAUUUUUGGCCGCAAUUGGUCUUGCCGAGAUUCAAUUUCCCAAGAAGGAUUCACUGAGCUUUAGGGUUCCAUCUGACUGCUCUUAUUGACCCCUAAAAAUGGGCUGAAUGUAUCCAGGGUUUCUAUCGUGGGC